CUGGCUGACGGUAACUGCAUGGCUACUCCUGACGUGGCUGAGAAGAGCCAGCUGCGAGCUGUUUGUCAUGCACCUCAACGCCACGACCAAGUGAGUGAGCUAGCUAACCACGGCAGCAACAGCUACGCCCAGCACAUCGCUCAGCCGAGAGCGGAAGGAUCGACUGCAAGCCAUUCAGAGCUGGUGACUGGAAUUGUGAACGGACCUCUGUUUGGAGCUGUGGUUUCAGGGCAG